UCUAAGAUAGAAGGAAGGAACCCAUUUUCAUUAUCAUCGCCGAUAAAACCAAUUCUCCGGCAAUUUAAUUUGCAGAGUUUAGGGUUUUCUUUUUUGUUUUGGCUUUCCAUAAUAAUAAAUUCAAUUUUUAUCGCCUUCUAAAAUGGAAAAAGAUUCGUCUUUUCUCUUCGCCGGAACCCACUUCGACAGGAAGAAGUUCGCCGCCGACAUCGCCAUGUUCAAGGAGAAGAAGGAAAGCGAUAAAGCAAUUGACGAUUCGAGCUUGUUCGAAGAUAGAGAACCAGAAUUAGAGGAAGAGGAAAAGAAAGUGAAAGAGAAAGAGAAAGAGAAAGAGAAAGUACGUGUGAAGAAGAGAAAGAGGAAGACAAUACGUUCUGAAACCGUGGAGGGAUUUAGCGUUUUCAAGAGUUCAAAAUCAGAAGAACCAGUGGUGAAAGAAGAAAAUGAGCAGCCUGAGAAUGAUCUCUCUCUGGAGAAAAAGAAAUUUUAUCAGCAAUUAGAGAGGGAUGCCCUUUUCAGGAAGAAGCACAACAUUCAUGUUUCUGGGAACAAUAUCCCCUCCCCACUAGGAGAUUUUGCGGAGUUAAGCUCAAGAUUCGGAUGCAAGGCAAAAUUAUUUCGCAAUUUGGCAAACCUUGGGUUUAAGGAGCCAACGCCAAUCCAAAGGCAGGCUAUACCAGUCCUUUUAUCUGGACGGGAGUGCUUUUCUUGUGCUCCAACUGGCUCUGGCAAGACCUUGGCUUUUGUUUGCCCCAUCCUAAUGAAACUUAAGCGUGCAUCUAAAGACGGCAUCAGAGCUGUUAUCCUUUGCCCUACUCGUGAAUUGGCUACUCAGACAACCAGAGAAUGCAAAAGAUUUGCUGAGGGAUGUAAAUUUUGUAUUAAAUUAAUGUCUAAACAGCGUGUAAAAAGAGCUGACUUAUCAAAGUUCUCUUGUGACAUACUUAUAUCUACUCCACUUCGGUUAAAGUUGGCUAUCCGGAAGAAGCAUAUUGAUUUAAGCAAGGUUGAGUACCUUGUCUUGGAUGAAUCUGAUAAGCUUUUUGAGCUUGGGUUGUUAAAACAGAUUGAUUCAGUGGUCAAAGCAUGCUCAAAUCCUUCAAUAGUACGCUCAUUAUUUAGUGCUACCUUGCCUGAUUUUGUCGAAGAGCUUGCGCGUACAAUAAUGCAUGACGCUGUUCGGGUUAUUAUUGGCAGGAAGAAUACAGCUUCUGAAAAUGUCAAGCAGAAGUUGGUUUUUGCGGGAAGUGAAGAAGGCAAACUUUUAGCACUUCGUCAAAGCUUUGCAGAGAGUCUGAAUCCGCCGGUGCUAAUCUUCGUUCAAAGCAAGGAGCGAGCUAAGGAACUCCAUGCAGAACUGGUAGUUGACAACAUUAGGGUUGACGUCAUCCAUUCUGAUUUAUCUCAGGCACAACGAAACAACGCUGUUGAUAACUUCAGAGCUGGCAAAACAUGGGUGUUGAUCGCGACUGAUGUUAUUGCCCGGGGUAUGGAUUUCAAAGGUGUCAACUGUGUGAUUAAUUAUGAUUUUCCUGAUUCUACGUCAGCAUACAUUCACAGGAUUGGUCGGUGUGGUAGAGCGGGGAGAAGUGGAGAAGCUAUUACUUUGUACACAGAGGAAGAUGUUCCAUUUUUGCGGAACAUAGCGAAUGAAAUGAAAAGCUCAGGCUCUGAGUUUCCAUCUUGGGCUUUGGGGUUGCACAAAAAGAAAUGGAAGAAGCACCGGCCACGAAGAGAAUCAAUAUCAACCACCCCAAAAGAAAAGGAAGAACCACCCCGAAAGAAAAGGAAGAAAAAGGCUGUCGUCGGAAAUAAUCAAUCUUCCAUGGAGUCCUCUUAAUUAUUAUUUCCUGAUGACAUUGUAUUCAUUUUUUUUUUUUUCCGGUCUGGCCAUAGGCUACAAGUUUUGCAUACCUCAAAUGCCACCUUUAGUUACUGAUGAGCAUGGUUAGAGUGGAGAUAUUGAGAAUAACAUUAUUAUAUAUUGUUCAUCAUUUACUUAUCCAAUAGACAUUAGUCAAUGGCAAAUUGGUCUUUUCCCAUUUCACUCUUGGGCAGGGUGGUUGUAAACCCGUUACUAAAA